AACUAUCAAAUCCUUCAACGCUCAACAGAAAUAACACCUAACAGAAAAGGAUUAGCGGCGUUUCUUCUGAGAGAGCAGCAAAAUGUCAGGAAGAGGAAAGGGAGGAAAAGGUUUAGGAAAGGGUGGAGCUAAGCGUCAUCGGAAGGUGCUGAGGGAUAACAUCCAGGGCAUUACAAAGCCUGCAAUUCGGAGAUUGGCUCGCCGUGGCGGUGUGAAGCGAAUCAGCGGCCUGAUCUAUGAGGAGACUCGUGGCGUGCUGAAGAUCUUCUUGGAGAACGUCAUCCGUGACGCCGUCACCUACACCGAGCACGCUCGCCGUAAGACAGUGACCGCCAUGGAUGUUGUCUACGCACUCAAGAGGCAAGGCCGUACGCUAUAUGGAUUUGGGGGCUAGGGUUUUGGUUUGUGAUUUGGAAUGGUUGAAAUUACUGUAGAUUUUUUCUAAUUAGAUGCACUAAACGUGGAGUGGUUUGAUUUUAUCACCGAAUUAAUGUUUGAAUGGAAUGCAUCUUCUCUAUC